GGGGUAGUUCAUGUUUUUUCUUUGUCAGUGUUGUUACAAUUGUGCUCUUUAACUAAAGUAGUAUAAAACUAAAAAGAGAAAAGAAUAAAGAACUAAAAAAAAAAAAAAUACAAAUCCACAAGAAAAUGGAACACAUUGGAAUAUUUAUUUUCUCAUUCAUUUCUCUUUUCUUUAAUUCUUUUUUCCCAUUCUCACUUAAAACAUUCAUAUAGUCUUUCCCAUACGUUUCUUUUCUCAGAUGAGGACAACCAUAAUGGCAAAGAACACCCAACAAGAACUCCCUCCCAAGAGACAGUUUCACUGGACAACAAAAGUUAGCAACCAAGAUGAGGAACUAUCAUCAUCUUCCUUCAAAUCCACUGAAGAUCAUCCUCCUCCGGUGAUAAUUCGAGAGAAGAAUAAGGCGGUGCCGACUCUGCAAACGUCAAUUUCCUCAAAGAAUCUUACAGGGGAGGUGAAAAAUGGAGAUGAUAAAAAGCAGCUGCAAGUGGAGCAAUUAUCGGCUAACGCUACGAGGAAGAAAAUCCAGGCCGUAGCGAUUUCCCGGCUCCGUUCAGUCAUGACCUCAUUCGGCCGGCACCGGGGACAUUUUCAGUCGGGUCUUGGCUCCCGGGUCGUGGGGACUCUGUUCGGUAACCGAAAAGGGCAUGUCCAUUUUGCGUUUCAGAAGGAUCCCAAUUCACAACCCGUGUUUGUGGUUGAGCUGGCCACACCAAUUACCGGAUUAGUCCAGGAAAUGGCAUCCGGGUUGGUUCGGAUUGCGUUGGAAUGUGACAAAAAGGACGAAAAGAAGCCGCCUUUGAGAUUGCUUGAAGAGCCUGUUUGGAGGACGUAUUGUAACGGAAAGAAGUGUGGAUUUGCAACGAGAAGGGAAUGUGGGCCUAAAGAAUGGAAUGUGUUGAAAGCAGUGGAGCCAAUUUCAAUGGGAGCAGGGGUUUUGCCUGCCGGAAAUAAUACCGGCGGAGAUGGUGGUGGUGGUGCUGCGGGGGCGGCGGCUGAGCAAUCUGAUGGGGGAGAAAUAAUGUAUAUGAGGGCUAAGUUUGAGAGGGUGGUUGGUUCUAGAGAUUCUGAAGCAUUCUACAUGAUGAAUCCUGAUAGCAAUGGAGCUCCUGAACUUAGUAUUUACUUGCUCAGAGUCUAGAUUUUACAAUUAGCCCUCGGAAGGAAAAAAUCAAUUUUUCCGAGUGUCUUUAAGUUGUUUUUAAUUAGUAUUUUUCUUCCUUCUUUUCUGUCUUUUUUUUUUUUUUUUCUGGGGUUCUUUCUUGGUAGAAAGUUUAGAGAUCAAUGGACGUCUAGUUGUUGGUCCUUGACAUGGUUUUUUUCCUCUCGUUUUUGUAGCUAUAGAAAUGUCC